AUCCCGCCGGCCUUCCAGAGCCGGCUCUACCGCCUGCUGCACGGCUCCGGCAACCACGCCGCGGGCAUCCUCACCAUGGGCAAGCGCGGGGAGCACCCUGGAACUGCCUGCCAUGGUGCCUCGGGCUGCCCUGUGGGAGCGGACACCCAGCCAACGCCGGUGCUGCGGGGCAUUGAUGCCAGCCCUGCCAGCCCCAGGGAGUGCCGGGGACACUCGGGGAAGGACCUGCCCAAGAGCCAGGCCCUGGGAGCUGCCAAGAGCUUUUACUGA